AUGUCUACCACCGAACUUCCCCAAAAGCUGGGCGAAGGCUCUGAUCUCCAAGACCGGAUUAGUUUCCCCACCUUCGCCGACUGCCCGCAGCUAAGAGACUACAACGACGACCGGUAUUUCACUUCAUCUGGGUCGUAUCUUCGGCAUUGGUGUUUUCUAGGCGAAAUUACUGGCAUCGCUACGUUUUCAAGACUGGUUCUAGAUGUCAAGGAUACCGCCUCUCGGGAGGAUACGCGUGUCGCAUGCUACGACAACGAUGGCGGGAUGAGCUUUAUGAGGAGAGCGCGACCUCCCAAAGUCGGGGAUACCGUUGCAGUGUUGUAUGCCCAAACCAAAGCAUUCUUAGAUGGAUCCAUUGGCAUACGGGUAGAAUAAACCAGGUGCAUCAAGGUA